UGAGCAUGAUAACUAAAGAUAGUAUGUUUUUCUAAUAUAUGUAUAUAUAAAAGUUAUUUUGUGGUUUUUUAUUUGGCAAUUUGGCAAUACAUUGAUGACGAUGUGAUUGUUGGUUUUAAGAAAAAAAGAAAAAUAGGAUAAAACCGAAAAAUAGAGAAAUUUAGACACGAGCGUAAAACCGAAGUAUAACAGGAAGUAGUAGACAGUAAACAUGAAAUACACAAUAUUGCUGUUUUUGUUUUUGUUAAUAAUAAAUUUAUCCCUGGUGUGUAGCCGGAGACACCACAGACGUAAACAUUUAAAGGAACACCACCUAAGAAAAAAGAAUCACAGAAAAUCUCACAAAAGACACAGGCACCUAUACAGAAAAUAUUUCCAAAGGCCUGGAGGUGACGAAGAUGGUGAAUACAAUAUAACCAAAACUUAUGAUACUGUCUCUAGGUACAAUAGUCAACGUCCUGAUUAUAGGCCAGGUUAUAAAAGACAUUUUGAGCACAUGCGACACAAUGAGGAUUUAUUGCAUGUACCGAACGCAGGAGAAGAGAAUGGAGAGUUUGGUAAUAUGUUUAUGUCAACAGAGCCGAUUGGAACACCGUUAGGUCGUGUUAAUGCUGUACCUACAGACCAUGGUGGUAUUGGUUUAGUUGGUGCAAUGCCAAAUAUUCAAAACUUUGGUUUAAUGAACAAUGAAGGUGAAACAGAAAUUCCUGUAGGACCAUUGCAUUCUCUGCAAUCUCUGCAUUCUCUGCAUUCAAUGCCAAUGAUGGAUGAUAUGCACCAUUCCUUACCUCCCCAAGAUAUCGAAUCACAUCAUAUGCAUAUACACCAUGAUCAACCUGAACAUCUUUAUGAGCAUGGUAUUGAAAAAACAGAAGAGGGUGUGGAGCAUGGUGGUUUUUUAUCUCCUGAACCUUUAAACAUGAAAUUACCUGGUGUUCAUCACAUCCAUAAACCUCCAAUACAUGUACAAGAUCCUCAUUCUACGACUUCGUAUGAAACAACUGUUGAACACGGAGCAAUACAUAACCAUGUUUGUCAAAAUGGCGGCUUGUAUUUUACAAUGAAAGACAAUAGCGACUACCAAUGCAUAUGUCCAGAAUCAAAUUAUGGAAAAAAUUGUGAACUAAAAGAUUACUGCAAUCCAUGUCCAUGCAAAAACAAAGGAGAUUGCCAUAACAUUAAAGAAGAACCUUUUUAUAAAUGUUCAUGCAAACGAGGAUUUCUUGGUUCUAAUUGUGAAAAAAAUGAUCCUUGUUUUCCAAACCCUUGCAAGAAUCAUGGAGUAUGUACUCAUGAUGGAACCACAGCUACGUGCAUAUGCGCGUUGAAAUUUCGAGGACCAAAAUGCGCAGAGCUUAAUAAUUGUUCACCCAAUCCUUGCAAAAAUUCUGGAACAUGUAUUCAAGAAUCUGGAGAAGGAAGAUUUUCUUGUGAGUGUUUGACACCAUUUAGGGGAACCAUUUGCGAAAAACAUAGUUAUUGCCACAUGAACCCAUGCAUGAAUGGUGGCAUUUGUCGAGAAGCUGAAACAAAAUUUGAAUGUACAUGUGCAAAUGGAUUCAGUGGACCUACAUGUCAAGAUCGAGUAUGCCUGCCAAAUCCUUGCAUGAAUGGUGGCUCAUGUAUAGAAGAUGGCGACAAAUUCAAAUGUGUUUGUUUACCAUGGACUUCGGGAAGCAUGUGCGAAGAAAGCCGGCCGUGCUUGACAAAACCGUGCAUGCACGAAGGGAAAUGCAUUGACGCUUAUUCAGGAUUUCAUUGGUCGUUUGGUCCAAUGCAGUAUUACUGUAUUUGCAAGCCACCAUAUAAUGGCAUGAAUUGUGAACAACAUGCUUGUAAGAAUUGCCACAAAAAUGCUCACUGUCAAGUGGAUCACUGUGUAUGCGAUGAAGGCUAUGAAGGGAAUGGAGAGAACUGCAAAAAGGUUGAUAAUCCCUGUCAUCCGAAUCCUUGCUUUAAUAAUGGAGUUUGUAGCGAGGUAGCGGAUUAUUGCAGCGGUAGUGCGUGUGGGUUUAAAUGCUCUUGCCCUGCUCCCUUUGUACCACCUCUCUGCAAAGAGAAAAACCCUUGUGAUCCAGAUCCAUGUCAAAAUGGAGAAUGUGUCGUUCGUGGAGAUUCAACGUUUCAUUGUAACUGUGAAUACGGUUUUAGGGGACAUCUAUGUCAAGAGAAAGACGGGUGUAAUCCCAAUCCAUGUCAGCACCGUGGCACAUGCACGUCACACAAUGGUACUGCAUCAUGUUCUUGUGUUGGGAAAUGGCAAGGACCAUUUUGUAAAGAGUGUGGUUGUCCAGAAAAGAAUAUCAAAGGUAUUCCAAGCCUGACUUGUUCGCAAGAAGGAACAUGCAUUUGUCCACAAGGAUACACAGUAGAUAUGAGAAAUGGGUUGUGCAAACGAAUAGAACCAGAAGCAAUAUCACCUUGUGCUGUCAAUCCUUGUUCAAAUGGCGGUACGUGUAUUGACAUCACUUCUACAGAAUACAAAUGCAUAUGUCCACCUGGUGUCACUGGAAAAGCUUGUCAAUAUAGAUUAGUGUGCAAUCCAGGUCCCUGCUUAAAUGGUGGUAUAUGCAAAGAAAAGUACGGGAAAUUUCUAGGUUGUGACUGUCCUCCAGGUACGAUACCACCUCUUUGUGUAAAAGAAGGAAGUAGUGUCAAUGCUGUUCCUGGUGGUGGCGGAGGCGCUGGUGGAGGCGGUGGUGGCGGCGGUAGUGGAGGUGCAUGCACGCCGAAUCCGUGUCGUCACGAUGGAGUGUGCGUGGCUAACAGAGGAUCUUACGACUGUAUUUGUCCAGUUAGGUAUACUGGACCUCACUGUGAUGUUGACAGAUGUGGUAACUGCCACAAACAUGCUAAAUGCGUCAAUGGUCAUUGCAAAUGCGAGCAAGGCUUCAUCGGAAAUGGUUACAAUUGCGAACGAGAUAUGUGUGAUAUGAUAUGUGUUGAAUGGUCAACAUGCGUCGAUGGUCAGUGUGUAUGCAAUCCUGGAUAUACUAAACUGCAUAACCAGUGUGUCCCUGUUCCGAUGAAUACAGAAGACUACGAAUACGAUGAAGACACUGACGAUGAGAUUGAAGUGCCUACAGCAUCACACAAACAGACAAAACGACCAAAUAAACAUAUAACUAACACAACUCCGAAACCAAUCCCACCGAAGCUAAAAACGACGAUUGCAACAACUUUUGCAACAGUCACUAAAAAGAAAACAACAACAACAUCAGUACAUUCGACUAGCUCACCUAAAUCUACAGCCGCUCCUAAGGAAGAGUCUCUUCCUAAAGGUCCUCCAGGGUUUGAGCCAGACAAUGAAGAAGACACAAACAGUGGACCACCUUCCUCCUCUGGUGGAAGGUCCAACGUUCAUAGUCCAAUUGGACCUCCAGGGUAUUCGGAAGAUCCUUUGCCUGAUUUAAAAAUUAUUUAACUCACUAUCGGCAUAAUUUCUGAAAGACUUAGAAAUUCAUACUAACGGAAUAUAAUGCUAUAUGGCUUGGUUAUUCGAUAUUUGCAACUCCAAGUGUCUUUGUAAGGGAUUUACAAAAAUGAACAGAUCGCCCGAACGCGAUCAAAGAACAAUUUUAAGAGAGUACACUACUAAAUGCAAUAGAAUACUAAACAAGAAUAUUGGAAUAUAGAUGCAUAGAAAAAUGAGCGUAAGAAUCUUAGCAUAGAACACGCAAAAUAUUCAGGAACAGAUUUAGACCAUGUGUAAAUAUUAGCUAUGACACAUGUAUCAAUUUUUUACACCGUUGUCGUUUUUACAGUGACAUUGUGAAUAAAAGUUCAUUCUUUUGACAAAAAUAUUGUACACACUGA